GUAUUUUUGUAAUAUCCACAGUUGAUAGUGAGUCGAUCAGAGAGAGAGAGUCAUGGGAUGGCUCUCGAACGAGGAGGAGUACGAUUGAUAAUAAAUAUACAGAUCUAAAGACGGGAAAACAGGAAUCGCAUAACCAUGGCGUUGAAAUUCAGAUAUCGCGACUAUAGAGCCGAGAGUGAGUCUCACACGCUUCCUCGUUCAAGGACUGAGAAGCACCCUCUUUCCUCUUCAUCUGCAUCACAGCAACAGGCUAAGACUGCAGGAGGCUGUGAUAUUCACUUCUUUGACCCGUUGAGGGGACCAGAUGUGGGUGCUGUAACAGUAGAAGAUGUGCAAGAUACUUCUAUUUCAAGUGUAACUCCAAGCCAAGAUCUGAUAAAGGAAUGGACAUCUUUUAAAAGAAUCUUGAUGCAGAGGUUCCCCGUCUCCAGAGUGAUUUCUCUUUCUCCGAUAUCUAAUGCAAUUAUGAAAGGUGCCAAAGUGGUUGCAAAACCUACGACACUUCCACAUUUGGGGGAAACAUACGGUGAACAUAUAUCUCCAGAGGAGGCUGCAAAAACGAUCAGUCCACAGGAAUAUCUAGCCAAGGUAUAUGAACUAAGAGAUGGCAUAACCCUGGCUUGGCAUAAUGAAGAUCGUGUGACAUCUUUGAGGUUAUCAAUACAGGUGGCAAAACUUCUGACGGACACAACGGUUUUACUGUUUUAUCCAACCGUCUUCGUCGUUGUAACUGAGGUGUUAGAUAUGCUUGGAGAUAUGGUGUGGGAACGGAUCAAGCACAAAGCUGAAAUUGCCGAAGAUGAUAGUUUCCGAGCAAGUGAUAUCUGCUCUGAAGCAAAGGAGACUUGCUAUAACUGGUUUUGCAAAAUUGGUUCUCUAAGAGAACUUCUCCCUCGCAUUUAUUUAGAGCUUGCAAUAUUACCUUGUUGGCAAUUCCUUAUUGAUCAACCAAUAGAAGUUCUGGAUCGUUUACUUAUGAUGGUGAGAGGUGUAGCAAAUCCCCUGGCAUCUUCGUAUUGUCGCCUCUAUAUGGUGCAUCGCAUGCAGAAGUUGAUUUCGUGCAAUUCAGGAUAUCUUAUUAAAUGCAUUAGGGAUAUUGAAGCUGUCAUGAUGCCUAUUUUAUCGGACAAGGAAACGAAGUCUUCGCAUAUUACAGAUGACAAAAAAAAGCUCUUUCAUUUGAUGGAACCAGCGGUUGAGUAUAUUAUGAGAUGUCUGUUGGUAAAUGCACGCCAGGAAAAUUAUGUCGUGAACAUGCUUGAGGACCUUUCAUUUGAAAGGGACCAAAUUGAGUCGUCCUACAUCUUUCCACAUGUAUCGAUUUUGCUUCAUCAUUUACUCAAGGAACUUCCAUCUGAUUUAGUUAAUUCACAAGCGAUGAAGAUCCUUCAUAUGAUAAAACGCAGCAAUGAUUGUUCCUUCAGUCAGAGUUUGAAUUACAGGUUACUUGGAUUGAGGUUGGCUGAAGAAAGAUCUCACGUGGGUACUCUCAGUUCAGUCAUCAGCGAAGUUAUUCAGGCUGUUUCCCAGAAUGAGACUUUGAACGACUACCUAGAAGUUGUAGAUGCAUAUGUGGAUCUCAUGUUGCAGCACAAAAUGGAAAAUCAUCUGCAUAGUGUCUUGGAUGAUAUUGUAAUACUAGCUCGCAAUAAGUGUGUGUCUGAGGACGAACAAACAAGCUUGCAAUCUAUUUUCGUGAAACUCCUCUCUCAUUUCAAAGACUUGCAGGAAGCACUUUCUCUGAAUCGUUUCAUUGAGAUAUUGGAUCUGAUGUAUGGGACUUCAAGGAGCACUGUAAACAUGCAUCUUCUUGAGAUGGGAACUAGGAAUGGUCGCAUACGUGAUGCAGCAACAGUGCAGUUACUUUUUGAUGUUUCGCAGUCUCUUUAUGAUGCUACAGAUUUCAACAUAAAGAACGAUGACAACCAACGACAAUCACAGUUGAUUUCUCGUUUCAUUGAGAUGGUUGAUUUUGGAUCAGAGAUGGAACGCCAUCUGACAUUUUUGGCUGAGUGCCGUGGGGCUUUUAGUGGCAUAAAUGAACAUAAGGAAACACUUGUCCGUUCGAGCAACACCUUGGCAACUAAGGCUUUGAAGGCUGGAAGGAAGCAUUAUAAUUUUGUCAAAUCUUGCAUAGCCUUCAGCGAAGUGACCAUCCCAUCCGUUUCAUCUCCCACUAAGCAAUUGAAUCUCUAUCUUGAAACUGCUGAGGUUGCACUUUUAGGUGGUUUAAUUUCUCAUUUGGAUGGACUGAUUGAGUCAGCUGUUGAGUAUUUGGAGGAUGUAGCUCUGAUCGAUGGUUCGAGAUCAAUUGAUAUGGAUAGCGUGGCCUCUACUCUAUGCAAAUUCUGCGGCCUCUUGAUUAUGGUCCCAGGUAAUCCUGAGAAAGGAGUGAUGGAGAUCCCCAAGAGCAUAUUUUCUGUUACUUGCUCGAGGUCAUGGGCGACACCAAGAUUGAAGAUAAGGAUAUUCUGUGCAAUAAUUUCACUGUCAUCGGCACUUUCUCAGGAUAAACUUCCUUACAAUGUUGCCAAUCCGGAGAUAAUAGGAAAUGAUUUGCUCUUCUUUGGUGACUCAUCUUACAAGCCCGAACUUCUAUCCACAACUCAACUUGUUCUCGAUAAAAUUGUACACACUAUUGAGCAAGAGUCUUCAGAGAUUGUUCGUGGUAACAUGGCGCUCGAAGCUUGCAAUUGCAUUGUUUCAGCUCUGAAAAUUAACGAAAAAGUCUUGCAGAUAUGCUCGAGACUUCUCGAAACUGCCAACGUUUGUCUCCCCACCGACAACAUGUUUGUCAAAUCCACCAAGAAGUUACUACUCUUAGAUAGUGACCUCAUUAUCACCAAGUUCAUGACGAAGACUUUGGGCGUUCUUCUGGAGGUCGGACACUACCUCCAUGGAAAACAUGCAUGAGGUAUCAAUUUGGCC